CCCAAGCCAGAUCUUUUCUGAACACUUCGUUUUGUCAGCAACACGGAUCAGUUACCUUGAGAUCCUCACAGGGGCGUGUUGUACACCAAAUCAAGAGUCUCAUAUCGCCACAAUGCCACAAUCUCUACCUUCUCUUCAGGGUGACUUCAAGAGGCCACGGAAAGCUAGGACUGUUGCUUCACAUCCAACUCUGGGCAACAGUACUGACUCUCUUCAUUGCAAAACGGCCAAAGAAGAGUCUGAACAAGCCGACUCGCUCAAUUACGAGGUGGGGGUUGGCAGCAAGGGCGAAUGCUCUGCCCAGGAAAUCACUACUGGUCAACCAGGAAGGACUGAGCGGUGGCCCCUUGGCGGCUGGGUCUCUGAGAUUGUGACCAUCAUAGUGUCUGCAGGAGUUGCCGCUACGAUACCCGUUGUUCUCGGCAUCUAUAAUCACCGCCCCAUCCCGCAAUUCACUGGGGCCAUAUCGAUUAAUGCAGUCAUUGCCGUCCUCUCUACCGUCGCAAAGUCCAGUCUGUUGUACGCCAUUUCUGCCGCUCUUGGACAGGCCAAAUGGGACUGGUACUGCCACGCUCAAAAGUCCAAGAGGCUCAACGAGAUGGAGACAUUCGACCAAGCCAGUAGAGGACCACUCGGCGCCGCCAAGGUUCUGCUCAGCCGACAUACAGCCCUGUCGCCGACCUCUGUAGGCGCACUUGUCGUCAUUCUCUGUCUUCUUGUCGACCCUUUCACUCAACAGGUCGUGGGCUGGGCCGAAAGGCAGGUCCUGGUGCCGUCCGAGGAAGUGUGGACACCUAAAGCAACUGUUCCCUAUUUUUGCCCAUCGUGGUACGGCGUCGAGCCAAACGAGUGUAAAUCCAGGUUUUCUGACGCUGUCAGUGCUGGUAUCUGGGUUGAGCCUGAGGUAUACAAAUUCGACGCUCAUUGCCCUACCGGCGAUUGCGAAUGGGAACCAUUCGAAACGAUUGAAUUCUGCGUGGAUAAUGGGAUUGUCGAGCCUUCGACCGCAAACUGCGAUAUCUCUUUCAAUCAGACACAUUUCGAUCAAGGCUAUAACAUUUACAAUGGAACUCAAGGAGAGGCCAGUAUGGCGUGGUCUAAGCCUUGCGAUUUAUUCCCAGGUGUCUGGAAUUACUCCGAGCCAGAGAGGUUUGAGUAUUGGGGCAGUGACUGGGGCUCCACGUUUAACAACAUAGGAUCAGUCAAGGCGGUUCAGAGUAGCUUCAGGAUGGACCCCUAUAACUUGACCUAUUACAACUCAACUCCGGUGCCAUACCUGUUCGUUAGGUUCCCAGCCGAGAUUAUCACAUGGCUGCCAAACUCGUACUUAACAACUGACGGGUUAGCAAACGCGGACGUGAACAAUGUAUCUGAUGUUCAUAUACCAAGCCCACAUUGGUGAUGGCUCAUACACGCUUCGCCCUGGAGACAUUCGAGGGAGGGGCUUUCACUCGGAUUCCAGAAACUCUACGGCCAGAGAUCACGGAGUGGUCAGCGCUAUCUCUUUGCAAGGUUGAGAGAAAGAUGUCUGUCAAGAAUGGGACGCUCCAUUCGUCAACCAUUACAUCCACGCGCCUUCAACAGUCAAACCCUUUACUCCCGGAAGCCUUGAACGUGGAUUGUUGGGGUCCAGAGAACGUGAACCUAAGUAGCCCAUCAAUGGCGUGGCUUUCCGUACCUCCUCCACCACUCUCAGAUCUACAUCGAUCCCCUUACAGGGCGGAUCCCUCGAC